GCAUGCGUGGCGGCUGUGGCGGCGGCGGCGGGGCGGCGGAGAGUCACUGCCCGCAGUUGCUAAGCUGCGGCGGCCGAGUCGUGAUGGUGUAGCGGGGCCUGCGGGCGGGGGAGGCGGCCGGCGCGGCCCACGCCUCCGGACAGCGGCUCGGUGCAGCGGCGGCACGCUGAGGGGGCGUCGCCGCCGCUGGCCCCCGGCGCCACGGGAGGCCGCGCCCGCCAUGGCGGCCCGGGCGGUGCUGGACGAGUUCACGGCGCCCGCCGAGAAGGCGGCGCUGCUGGAGCGGAGCCGCGGCCGCAUCGAGGCUCUGUUCGGCGUGGGCCUGGCGGUGCUCGGCGCGCUCGGGGCAGAGGAGCCGCUGCCCGCGCGCAUCUGGUUGCAGCUCCGCGGCGCGCAGGAGGCGGUGCACAGCGCCAAGGAGUAUAUCAAAGGGAUCUGUGAACCUGAACUGGAAGAAAGAGAAUGUUACCCCAAGGCCAUGCACUGCAUUUUUGUCGGGGCACAGAGCCUAUUUUUGAAGAGCUUAAUUCAGGAUACUUGUGCUGACCUCUGCAUUUUAGACACUGGGCUUCUUGGCAUCAGAGGAAGUGCUGAGGCUGUGGUCAUGGCCAGGAGCCACAUUCAGCAGUUUGUGAAGCUCUUUGAGAAUAAUGAGAACCUGCCCAGUAAUCAGAAAGAGUCAGAAAUCAAACGGGAAUUCAGGCAGUUUGUUGAAGCCCAUGCAGACAAUUACACAAUGGACUUGUUGAUUCUGCCUACUUCCUUGAAGAAAGAACUACUGAGUCUCACACAAGGUGAAGAGAAUCUUUUUGAAACAGGAGAUGAUGAUGUCAUUAAAGUUGGAGGUGUGCGGCCACCAGAAUUCACGCAGAAUGCUGCCACAGGACUGAGUAUUACUAGAGAUGAAAUUGUUGCACAGGAAGAUUCCAGAAAUAAAGGGAGGACCCCAGUUUCUGAGCUUACAAAACAAAUGGACACAGCCUUUUCUAGCUCACCAGAUCUGCUCUUUUUGCCAGUGAAUGGUCUGAGUCCAGAGGAAGAUGCUCUUUCCAAAGACAGAGUUUGUCACAAGAGGAGGUCUUCUGACGCAGAAGAAAGGCAUACCAAGAAGCAGUUUUCCUUAGAGAAUGUUCCAGAAGGAGAGCCAUUGCCAGAUGGUAAGGCAUCAGCUGGAAAUGAAGUCACUGACCUUUCUGAUGCUGCUUCUAACUCUACAAAUCUAAGCCCCGAUGGAAAAGACACUACAGAAGAAAUGGAAUACAACAUCCUUGUAAACUUCUUUAAAACCAUGGGCUAUUCCCAAGAGAUUGUUGAAAAGGUCAUUAGGGAGUAUGGACCUUCUACAGAACCAUUGUUGCUCUUGGAGGAAAUCGAAAAAGAAAAUAAAAGGCUCCAAGAAGACAGAGACUUUCCACCUUGCACUGUGUAUCCAGAUGCCAGACAGAGCCGAAGUGCAGGUGUUGGGAGCAGCACCAAUGAGCUCACAACAGACUCCACUCCAAAGAAAACACAGAAUCACACAGAGCAGAAUAUGGUGGAGAAAUUUUCCCAGUUACCCUUCAAAGACUCUAAACAGUGUACCUCAAACUGCAGGAUUAAUUCUUUCAGAACAGUGCCAGCAGGACAAAAACAUGAAAUCUGGGGUUCAAGCCAGAACUACAGUGGUAAUGUAGACCUUGACACUGAUGGUCUCUCGCCCUCUGUUGCCUCUUCCAGCCCUAAAGAAGUCAGUGUUGUUUCCAGGGGAGCUGCAGGUCACCAGCAGAGGAGCCCAGCUUUUCCUGAAAAUGGUUUUCAGCAGCAAGCAGAACCUUUGCUUCCAAAUAAUACAAAACCUGCCGGUGAAAAACGUUCUGGCUGUUGUGGCUCUCCUCAGCCUAAGCCAAAUUAUCCCCCACUUUGUCCGCCGAUGCCGCUGCCCCAGGUGUCACCUUCAGUUUCAGAUGCACGAUUGGCAGGCUCCUCUGAUCAUAUGGAUUCCUCAGUUACAGGAGUUCAAAGAUUUCGGGAUACCCUAAAAAUACCAUACAAGCUGGAGUUAAAAAAUGAACCAGGGAGAGCUGAUUUGAAGCAUAUUGUUAUAGACGGGAGCAAUGUUGCAAUCACCCAUGGCUUGAAAAAGUUCUUCAGUUGCCGUGGAAUUGCAAUUGCAGUUGAAUAUUUUUGGAAGCUUGGCAACAGAAACAUCACUGUGUUUGUUCCACAGUGGAGAACAAGACGGGAUCCUAAUGUUACAGAGCAGCACUUCUUAACCCAGCUCCAGGAGCUUGGAAUAUUAUCUUUAACUCCUGCCCGGAUGGUCUUUGGAGAGAGAAUUGCUUCUCAUGAUGACAGGUUCCUGCUACACUUAGCGGACAAGACUGGGGGUAUAAUUGUAACAAAUGAUAACUUCAGAGAGUUUGUGACUGAGUCAGUGUCCUGGAGAGAAAUUAUUACAAAAAGACUGCUUCAGUACACAUUCGUGGGGGACAUAUUUAUGGUUCCUGAUGACCCGCUGGGAAGAAACGGACCUCGGCUAGAAGAAUUUCUUCGAAAGGAAGUCUUUCUUAGAGACAUGCAGCCGCUACUCAAUGCUCUGCCAAGUGUGGGCACGUUUGACCCUGGCUUCCGGAGCUCCAGCACCCAGGUAGCCAACACCAGCCACCAGCCUCCACCCCGGAUCCAGGGAGCCUCUUCAAGCCCUUGGCUUCCUCAGCAGCCCCACUUUACGCCCCUGGCCACCCUUCCCAGUCUGCAGCAGAACCUUCCCAUGCCAGCACAGAGAUCUUCUGCAGAGACCAGCGAGCUGAGGGAGGCGCUGCUGAAGAUCUUCCCUGACUCUGAGCAGAAACUGAAGAUCGACCAAAUCCUGGUAGCUCAUCCGUACAUGAAAGACCUGAACGCCCUCUCUGCCCUUGUACUGGACUGAAGGCUGGGCUGAGAGUCCACUGAUGAUGGGACCCCCGAGGGAGCUGCCGCCUGUGGGAAGUACCCUAAUGUGAAGUCGCCUUCCCAGAGUGAACAUUGCUGUGUAGUAUAGGAAAAAGGAGGGAGAUGUUUUGUGUAUACAGAAAUCUGGGUUUUCAAAGCCAGCCUUUUUCUAUAUAUAAAUUAUGCUGCUAUUACAGAUUUAACAUUUUCUGUCAAAGGAAAGUACAUUUUCUGCCUGUUCAGAACUGUUUAAUAGCAGUUACUCUUGAGUGUAUUUACUAUUUUAUGUUUUUUAAACUAUUUUCCUUAAAGCUGAAGAAAAAUUGACAAAUGAGUAUGGUUAGCCUUUCUAAAUAAAAUUAAAAAAAAAAAAAAAAAAAAAGAGUUGCUUCCUUAAGGAAAGCAAGACCUCUUAAAGUCUAUUUUCUUGGUGAUCUGUCCUGUCCACUAACAUGGUGUGUGCUCCCUUGCCUUCCUCCCUGGAGCUGGCCUGCUCUGCUCUGUGGGCUCCUGUCAGCAGGCCACUGUGAAGAGUGGAGACAGGAGCCACUAGAUGGCACUGGGUGCCUAGCUGUCACCAGUGCCAAGACAAAGGCACACUUGGAAGAGCAGGUGGGAAGACUUAAGAGUCCAUCUGGCCCCACCUUCUUCCCUCUCCACCGGACAGAGAAGGGAACUGAGGCCCAGCAUAUUCUCUGACUGGCCUAGCUCCUUAAUGCACUCACCAGCCGAGGCCACCAUGCUGCCAGCCGGGCACCACAGCUACUGUACCCUCAGUAGGUGAGGUGGGGAUUGAAGCACCUGGUGAGGAGACCCUAUGUGGAGUUUGUACAGCUUUGCCAAAAAGUUUUCUAUUCUCAAGGAUGACCCAAGCCAAUAAAUAGCAUUAGUAGUUUCAGAAGGGGUCCCAAAGCCCCUGUAUUUCCCUUCUUCUGUCUUUAGAGGUCUCUUAGCAGCUCUUCCUGAGUCUUUCAAAACCAGUUAUCUUGGUUUUGUCUCUUCUCAGUGUAGCUUGAAUUCUGUGUCUGUGAAACUCUUCCUGGUCAUCCUUAGCAUCUUGACUCUCACCUAGACCUUCAAAGGGCUUUGUGUUUUUCAUUUGUGCUGUCUCUGGGCCCUCGUGGUCAAUUUCACUGCCCUGUGGAUUGUCUUUCUUCCUGCCCCCCCAAAUAGUAACUGAGGACUUGGUGCUGGUUUGUUAUCCGUGAUGCAGGGACUGUGUAGAUCACAGAAUGAUGCCACCACGCAUGUGCCGUGGUUUCGCUUGAUCCCUGCAUCCCUUAGGAGACAAAUACAGAGCCUUCUAGGUGGCCGCACUUGUACCUCAGUCAUGUUCUCUCCUGAAUGUGUUGAUGAUGUAACCUGCUGGGGAGCUGUCAUCUGUCAGGAGGUAGUUUCAGACUUGCUAGCUGUGCAAGUAGAGAACAAAGACUUUUGGCCAGCUCCCCACUCUUGCCCCUACUUUGGAGCAUAGCAGAGGUGCCGAGGUGGAGCUGUCUGUAGGGCCUCCUGGUGCUCCACAGUUGCCUCCGCCUGAUGCUGGCAGGGAGGAGCACAGGCUUUUUAAGGCUCUUCAGGCAGCCUGAUCUCUGAAUUGUGUGAACCUCCAGGUUCUUAGUAUUGUUUCUGAGAGAUAUCUGCCCAUUUCCUUUUAGUUCCAUAUAGGAGGGAAGAAAAUGCUGGAGGAAACCGAGAGGCAUUAAUUACUUUGUAGAUUAUAAUAUGAAAUAUAAUUCUAGAUUCUUUGUAAAAUCUAUCACAUUUAGGUGUAUGUAGCAUUUAAAGCCUAGCUAUUCAGCCACUGAAGAAAGCUCACAGCUUGCUUCUCUGCCUCAUUCCAAGCUCUGUUGCUGCUAGGUGCUUGUAGAUGCUUUACCUGCAUCCCUCAGUGCCUCCUCAGUGGACCUGGGAGUGUCUCGGAAUUCCUCCCUGUGUGGAGCUCCUCUGCCUCCUGUGUGUCCUGACAUUUGGGUGAGGUUGUCAGCCCUGCUGAGGCUGACACUUCUGGUCAUUGGACAGGGUGUCUGAUGGACUUCUAAGGGGGGGUGUGUGUGUGCGUGUGUGUGUGUGUAUGCUCAUGUGUUGUUGCCAUAGCUGUCCUGGUCCAGUGUGGUUGGCAGGCUCAGGUGUAUUACUAGGACUUGCUCUGAGACAGGAUGGAGUUGUGUUUAUAUUGCCUUGUGAACAUGUAAGGCAUGAAAGACUACUCCACCCCUCCUUGCCAGUGCCAAGUAGCUAGUCCUCCCCCUCGUAGGAGCAGCUGCUGUAGACACUGCCCUCUGCACCAGGCUUGCCCAGGCACUGGCCUGCCUUCCACACCUCUGCAGUGCUGCCCCAUCCUCAGCAUCUGAGCCAUCUCAGCUGGGUCCACCUGCACUGUUACUCCCUUGAUAUCUCCAAUCCCUUUAGGUUAACCCGCCAUGCAUUUUGUUGCUAAUGCUUUAACUUUCCACUUUUUCCCUCCCCAGUUUGCAAACCUGGCUUCUGCCCACCACAGGUGAGCAGCCUGGGAAAUCACUGGUUGCUGUUUCAUUGUUAAUGUAGUAGCUAUAGACAGCAAGGCCUUUGGCCCUAUUUUCUCCGUUUUCCUUCUAGAGGCGCUUCAUGCCAAUCCUUAAUACGGUUUCUCAACCAGGUAGUUCUCAAACGGGGCCACCCGUAGGUCUCACGGUGGAAAGGGCAGCUCAUGCUAAAAUGCAGGCUCUCCGGCACCACCCUGAGGACAUGUGGACUCUAGAGGGAAACCUGGAGGCUUGUCACCCCCACACACCCUGAGUGGCUGCAGUAGGUGGUCUGGAACUGUGCUUGCUUAGGAGUCUCCAUUCUCACUCCAUCCUCCACAAGGUGACACCAGUCCUGUUACUAGCCCUGUGUGAUCUUGGCUCCCAGAACCUCAGCCUGCAUCCUGUCACCUCUCACCUAACCCUGAGAGCUCGCUUAUAUCCUUCUUGGCCUUGGCUUGCUACUGCUCAUCACUUGUUCCCACAAUCCUCCAUGACACUGGUUCCUUAAUGGUUCCUCAACACUAAGCCACUUUAUAGCUCUUCCCUCUCCCAGACUCCACAGGGCCCCAAGUUCGUCCUCUAGAGGACCAUUUUGCAUCAUGCUCUUCUGAUCUUCUACACAGUAUCCAGCUCCUACCCUCAGUCUAGUGUCACGGCUAUUGCUCCAUGGGCAUACUUGACUGUCCACUUUCUAUCCCUUGCCAUGAUGUUCAAUCUAGCCACCCAGAUCUAGGUUCUCCAUGGGCCCUGUUCACACUUAUUUCUCUAGAAAUGCUCUUCUGCCCUACAGCCUGCCUCCUCAGGGCCCAGCCCUGAGCCCUCCUCUGUGCCCUGAACAGAAGCAGCCCUAUGCUAUUCUUCAUGUCUCCCUUCUGGCUCUUUCCGCCCUGGCAGGUGUAGCUGCAGCCAACUGUGUACUGUGUUGCCUCCCUCUAGACUGUGAGCUCCUCGCGGGCAGGGACCAUAUGGUCAGUCUGUAUCUCUUGUGGCACCUAACAGUGCCUUGCACUUGGUAGGUGCUCAAUAAAUGUCUGUUCAAGUGAA